AAAUCAUCGCAUCGAAGUUCUCCUCUCUCUCCCAAUUCAUUUUCUAGGGUCCCUAUCGCUCUUUAUCUGAUUUUCGAUAGCAAUUUAGGUUGAUUUCAGUUUGAUCGAACGGGAUGGAUUUCGUAAACAGUCUUGAUACCGACAUGUCGCUAGCAAUUUUUUCGUGUCUAGAUGACCCAUCAGAUCUUGUCCGUGCUAGUGCUGUCUCACGUUCCUGGCGACAGUUUGUGAUUAAAUACAGCUUCUCCAAGAACCUGUGCUUGAAGUUGUUCCAUCGGUUAAACAGUGUGGAUCGUGUAAUAGAAAUAAGUAAUGAUAGGAAUGAAGAGUCAUCUGAAGCCGGGUCAAGCAGUCUCAUGGAUACAAGGGUACUAGAAAGAGAGCACAGGGUUUAUGCCUUACUGGCUAGAGGAUGCACAUCGUCUCCUAUCCAAAGCUGUAUUGCCGAUGCCAUUAUAGCGUCUAGUACUGAUAAUUUCCCUGCAGAGAGCAUCUUAAACACACUCGAAGAAAGAGAUCGAAUUGGUGGAACCCCUUCGUAUUGGUCUAGUACAGGACAGCACAAGACUUCUGUGCCCGAAACACUUCUUUACAAGUUGAAGGGUGAUUUGUGUGUCAUUACUGAUUUCAGCAUUCAGCCUUUCCAAGCUUAUUUUCAGCCCGGAGUUCCGAUAUACUCUUCACAUUAUGUUCGUUUCCGGUUGGGUCACCAGAGUAAAAGUUCACAGGAUAAGAAAGGUGAGCCAGGAAAGAUUCCGGUUGAAAACGACUAUGUAUGGACUUACACUUCACAAGAGUUUCCGGUUGCUCAGGAAAACCGGUUGCAGAACUUUAAGCUUCCAGAACCCGUUAUGUGCAUUGGUGGGUAUAUGCUUAUCGAGUUUCUAGGUCGAGUUCAGACACAAGAAGUGGAUGGCUUAUACUACAUAUGCGUGGCGCAUGUCAGAGUGAUGGGAAGAUCACUAGCAAAAUCGUUUGAGGUGGUAAAUCCUGAUGACUCAGGAAAAUUUGGGUUGAAGGUAGUGAGUUACAGUGAUCCACAAGAAUUGGAUGAGAUGGAAGCAGAGGCAGGGCAGAGUCCGUUUAGGCCGAUGAGAAACCUUGAACAGCUCUUGAAUUUCCUGCACAGGCAUCCUCUUGACGUCGAGUAUGUUUGGCCUGAAUCAGACGAGGAGGAUGCUGAAUCAGACGAGGAGGUUUAGCGUCUGAAUUACUACUUCCAGUUGUUCUUUUAUUUAUUUUGGCUUUGCUUCCAUUGUUAUAGGUGUGAUCCAUCUAUCCUGAGCGGUUUUAAAAGCUUUUUCUCCAGCCAUGCUGACCCUAUCUCUCUUUUACAGUGUUGUAAAGAUUGUCAGUUUUCUGAAAUAAUAACGAAUUACUAGGCUUUGUUGACUAUAUUCCUCUUGUGUAUACGGUUUGGUUUAAGUAU